AUGCCGAGCUUAGGAGGUCUCUUGAAGAAGCGGCGAACGAAGGAUUCUCAAACCCUCGCGUCCGAGCUGCCUGCACCCUCCGAGAACCACUCUCAGACUGUCCCCGAUUCCCACGAUUCCCACGAUUCCUCCGAAGGCGCCUCCAUGCAACCCGCCGGGAGCUCGCAAGUUUCUCCGCAGCAGUCCAACAAUGCCGCCAGCAUUAACAACCUCAUACAUAAUCCGGCCAAUGCCUCACAGGGUCACAGCUCCGCCCAUAGUCCCAAUGGCAGUCAAGCGCAGGGCCAACAGGCCCAGCAACAGCCUCAGCAGCAGCAGCAGCCGAGACAAGAACGCACGACCAAGGGCAAGUACUCGCAAGAGGACUUCUUGCUGCAGCGCACCCUCGGCACUGGUAGCUUCGGUCGGGUUCAUCUCGUCCAAUCGAAACACAAUCAUCGCUUCUAUGCUAUGAAAGUGCUCAAAAAGGCCCAGGUGGUCAAGAUGAAACAGAUCGAGCACACCAAUGACGAGCGCCGAAUGCUGAACCGCGUCCGGCAUCCGUUCCUAGUGACUCUUUGGGGAACUUGGCAGGACUCGCGAAACCUCUACAUGGUGAUGGAUUUCGUCGAAGGUGGUGAGCUAUUCAGUCUACUGCGGAAAUCACAACGAUUCCCCAAUCCAGUUGCCAAAUUCUAUGCUGCAGAAGUCACGCUGGCCUUGGAGUAUCUGCACUCCCAUCAAAUUAUCUAUCGUGACUUGAAGCCCGAGAAUCUCUUGCUAGAUCGUCAUGGUCACUUGAAGAUUACCGACUUUGGCUUCGCGAAAGAUGUGCCCGAUAUUACCUGGACGCUGUGCGGUACCCCCGACUAUCUAGCUCCUGAGGUUGUUUCUUCCAAGGGCUAUAACAAAUCCGUUGACUGGUGGUCAUUGGGAAUUCUCAUCUUUGAAAUGCUGUGCGGAUUCACUCCAUUCUGGGACAGCGGGUCCCCAGUGAAGAUCUAUGAGAACAUUCUGCGCGGCAAGGUCAAGUAUCCGCCAUACCUGCACGAUGACGCCGUCGAUCUGCUGUCACAGUUGAUUACUGCCGACCUCACCAAGCGUCUGGGUAACCUGCACGGGGGUCCCGAAGAUGUCAAGAACCAUGCGUGGUUUGCCGAGGUCACUUGGGACCGGCUGGCCCGUAAGGAUAUUGAUGCCCCCUACAUCCCACCGAUCCGGGGUGGCCAAGGUGAUGCAAGCCAAUACGAUAAAUAUCCCGAAGAGACAGAGCACUACGGCAUUGAGGGUGAAGAUGCUUACGGCCAUCUGUUCCCCGACUUCUGA